CUGUACCUGGUGUUUAUUCUCUUCUCUCAUCCCAUGUGAGAACAUUCUCCUGCUUUUUUUCUGUGUGAUUCAGAGGCAAUAUGGAGCAGGUCACGGACUAUCUCUUCAGGUACAAAAACUACAACUUUCCUACCAAAUUUGUAACUGCAGAGUACAUCGACUCACUGCAGAGCUUUGAAAUACGAGAUAGUGACAUAUUCCUCGUCACGUAUCCAAAGUCAGGAAGUAUAUGGACUCAACAGAUCAUCAUCUCCAUCUGUGAGUUAGCUGGAGGUCUGAAUGAAUAUCCAAACAACUAUGAGCAGAUGCCAUGGCUGGAGUACCUGGAGGAUCGAGGAAAUUACACCCUACGACCCUCUCCAAGACUCUUCUCCUCUCACCUCACCCCGGCUCUCAUGCCUCCAGGACUGAAGGACAAGAAGGGAAAGAUUAUCUACGUGAUGCGAAAUCCAAAGGACAACAUUGUCUCCUAUUACCACUUCAGUGGUGUCAUGGCCGACAUAGAGACUCCCAAGAGCUUUGAGCAGUUCCUUGAGAACUAUUUGACAGGCAAAGUUUUAGGAUCAUCCUGGUUUGACCACAUCAGGGAGUGGCAUUCAGUGAGAGACCAGUGCAACAUCCUCUUCCUGACCUAUGAGGACAUGAUUUUGGACCUGAAGACGGCCGUGACCAAGAUCUGCACGUUCUUGGGUAAAAACCUGAGUGAAGCAGCCAUUGAGCAAGUUGUAGAAAAAUCUACAUUCAAGAAUAUGAAGAAGGACGUAAAAGCAAACUACAAGUUUCUGCCAGAAACAAGGAUGAAGGGAAACUUCAUGCGUAAAGGUCAGAUCGGCGACUGGAAGAACAUCUUUACUGCAGCUCAGAGUGAAAGAGUUGAUCGACUCCUUCAGGAGAAACUCGGCGACAUAACUCUGAAGUUCAUCUUUGAAUAAGCACAAUGUAAUCAGUAGCAGAGGUUGAAUAGUAAUAGAUCACAUGAGGAUUUUGUUAUAAAACAAAAGAAAAAAGGUUGCAGAUUAUAUUUCAAAAAUGUGCGAUUAAAUUAUGAUUACAUUGCAAAGAAUCACUUGUUUACUUCUUUUGAAUAUCGUAGUAUUAAUUCAGCAUGUUCAGAUGGUAACCAAUGCUUUAUUAAACCGCCUCAGACAAACAGGGUUUCUUAGACAAGAGCUCCACUUUGUGGUUGACAUACAACACAACCCUGACUGCAGCUGCUCAUGUGUAAACUGUAUCACUGUAAGCAGCCUGUAUGAUGAAAUGAUUUUUGACCCAUGUUUGAACUUCUGUACAGAAAGAAAUGAACACUCCUGAGCAAAAAAAAAAAGGAAUAAACACAGCUGACCAAA